AUGAGCGAAAACACACCUCUCUCCACAUUCAGGUUCAUGGACCAGCUCCCUUCCGAGAUCCGCGGUAAGAUAUUCGGACAUAUGGUACGACUAGCACGACAAAGGUUCCAGAAGUUCCAAGAGCGAAAUGGCACGUGGCACUUUCCUUAUGCUCCCACCAUCUGGCAGAUCGGGAUUCAUCUCAGCGAGUCGCCUUGGAUCAAGCUCAACAAAAAGUAUUGCGCAGAGUAUUUGAGAGAGUUUCUCAAGCAAGUACACUUCGGUGAGGACUUUGAACACUGGGUCGUACAUCAGAUGCGCAGACAGGAUACAAAGCGAGCACAAGCAUACGGAAAGGUUGAGCAGUUCAGGUGGGCAAGGAACGCAGAGAGACGAUCGAAGCGGAUGCACACGCUUGAUACUUGCCUUCGGACCAUCGAUCGCCGCCUGAGGAUCGCGACUGCCCAAGAAGACCUGAACAAGCCAUUCGCAAAACUAUCCAACUACGUGUCAGGAAUCUAUGUCUACCACAACACAGUGUUUCGAAGUAGUGAUCCGGUGCGUUUCCAAUCCAUCGAGCCAUGCAUGGCAAGACCUCUGAAACAAUUGAGACGACUCCACGAAAAGUACAACAUCCCACCCAGCAAGAUGUAUCUUCACAUAUCCUAUGGCAGCCCAUCCCCAAGUUUCGCAGAGUUCACAUCUAUACACGACAGAGUCUACAACAGGGACUUUGCCGAGUCUCUGCGCUCAGUACGGCCCAAGAUUUGGGUAGCAGACUAUGAUGCCUCGGUCGCUGCUCUGGAUGAAGAGAUUCGUGUGCUGAGAGGCCCGCUGAGAGACAAGCUUCAAGAGGCCAGAGUUCGAUAUUCAAGACUGAAUCCUUUCUGGGACAGCGUUGGAGCGUUGAGGGCAAGUAUUGAGCGUGACAUCACAGCCGUCAGACGACUCCAUUUGAGAAUCAUUGACGAUGUCAUCAAGUUCUGGAAAGCACAGGAUGGUUGGUAUGAGUUGGAUGAUAUGUUCAAGAUUGCGGAGGCGUGGAGUGCAGAGCACGAGGAUUGA